GAGUCAGGAAGAGCGUAUCCCGCUUUCGUAUACGUCGCACCCUGAUGAGGAAUGCAGGAACUAACAAUUUUUAUUUCUCGUGCGUGGAGUUGUAAAGUGUACUAAUUUAUUGAAAUAAUUACGACACUCAUCCCGUUUUUGCACUUUCGCAUAAUAUAAAAUAUACAGGUGUAAAUGAAACAAUAGAAAAAUGAGUUCUUUGCAACAAGGUAGCAGAUUUUUACCUUUUUCAAAUAAUAAUAUACAAAGGAAGCAACUAUCAAUGCAAGGUGGUCUUCCACAAAGUUUAAGUGGUAGUGAAACUGAUGUUUCAACUUCAAAUGAAAAUCUAACCAAUGAAGAUCGCUAUGUUAUAAGACAUACAGCUCGUCAAGAACCUCAAGGUCAAGAAAAUCAGCAGCAAAGUCCAUCCAGAUCUUCCAGUCAUAAAGAAAAUAUACCAAAUAUACAAGGUAACCUGCUCAACAGAAAUAGUUUAAAGGACAGUUUGAAUGGUUCAAACAGAAACAGUUUAAAAGAGAAUUUAAAUGGUUCUAAUCGAAAUAGUCUUAAAGACAGCAUUAAUGGUUCUAAUAGAAAUAGUUUGAAAGAUAAUUUAAGUAAUCGUACCAGUGUAGGUUCAAAUAGAAGUAGCUUAGAUGUGUCUACAAGCUCCUACAAUACACUUAUAAUACACAAUGCUAAUGAUGAUAAUUCAUGGGUACCAUCUGGAAGGUUGUCAAGUGUAGUAAGAGAACAUGGAGAUAUGGGUUAUUUAUAUUGUGAUGCUGGAAAAGGACAUUCAAAUAGUCCUACUAUGCAAUCUUUAUCAAAUUUAAGUCAUGAAGAUCAUAUUUAUGAGCAAUCUAAUAAUGGAGGAUGUCAAGAAAUAACAGACAUACCAGAUGAUUAUCUCAGUCAAUCGCAGGUAUUAAAACAUCUUGCAAAAGAAGUUAAAGUACCUUCUUAUAGUAAGUUAACAAAUAAUGGAGGAAAUAUUGAUAUGAGAAUGAGAGAUGGUGAUAGAGGAAAACAAAAUGAUAGUGAAUCAGAAGAUAGACCACCACCUUCAUAUAUGUCUGUUUUAUUACCUUUAAAAAAUAAAUCUCGACUUCUUGGACCAAUGGAAAAAUUGACAUUAUCAAGAUCACAACCUGACUUGUCUAGAAUUGGCAAACCAGAUAUUGAUAACUACAAUUUGCGGGCGACUUCACCACGACCUCAAACAAAAGGAAGGGAAGAAACAGAAUCUGCAACAGGUGAAAUUUGGCCACCAUCAGAAAUGAUACAAAUUGUAAUCCAAGAAAAUAGUGCCUUAAAACUAGAAUUAGAAAGAUGUUAUAACAAAGUUGCUAAAUCUCAAAAAUUGGAACAAGAAAUUGCAAAGGUGCAUAGGGCUCAUGAAGAAUUGGCGGCGUCAAGUGAACGAAGAGAGAAACUGGAACGAGCUGCUAGAUUGAGGUUACAAAAUGAUUGUAGACGAUUAACCGAAUUAAAUCGCGCAUUGCGAGAUCAAAUAGAUUUAUUAUCAGCACGUACUGAUAGUCCUCCGAUCGUGGAAUCUAUGAGAAAAGAAUUAACGCAACGAGAAUUAUUAAUUGGCCAAUUGAUUACACAAAAUAAAGAAUUAGCUGCAGCGAAAGAAAGACAAGAAAUCGAAUUAGCAGCACAAAGAGCAACGUUACAGGAACAACGUACACAUAUAGAUAUUCUAGACACUGCUCUCACUAAUGCACAAGGCAAUGUGGUGCGUCUUGAAGAAGAGUGUCGAAAGAAACAAGUAUAUGUAGAGAGGGUAGGCCAACUUCAACGAGCUUUGUCUUCUCUUCAAGCAUCUAGCGAUAGAAGAGAAGAAACAGAAAGACAGUUGAGAGGUCAAUUAGAACGGGAAUUAAGAGAAGGCGGAGGUGGCGGUGGCGGUGGUGCUAAUGGUAAUGAACAAUCUUCUAAUGGAGAAACAAUCGCAGAGUUAAAACGACGAAUACGCGAAAGAGAUGAAAAAAUUAUGUCACUGGAAGGUGACGUUGCAAAAUGGGAACAACGUUAUCUUGAAGAAAGUGCUUUAAGACAAGCUGCAAUUGAUGCAGCUAGUUUACCAAAGGAUGCAAAGAUAGCUGCAUUAGAAAAAACGAGUCAAGAUGCAGAGAAAUUAAUUGCAGAAGCACGAUCCGAAAAAAUGAGACACAUGGAUGAAGUUCAUGCUGCACAAAAAAAAUUAGCUGAUCUUGAAUCUAGAAUGAAAGAUCUAGAAUCGAAGUUAGCUGAAAGGGAUGCAAUGAUUAGAGUUCUUCAAAAACAUACAUAUGAUAAGGAUAGUAGUAGCAGUAGUGGUGUUGGUAGUUAUCCUGCUGCACAUUCGUCUCAUUCAAGUACGUCAGCGGAUCACCACACUGCACUGACAAGCACACCAGAACUUGGUAAAAAAUUAAGCAGUGUAUUAGGUGGUGGUAGUGGUUAUGGAAGUACUGGUUCGUAUGGUGUUACAGACAGUUACAAAUAUAGGAAACAGGGCAGCUUUGAGCAAACAAAUAAAAGUCUUGAUGAUCAAUUAAAAGAACUAGACUCCCAGCUACUUAGUAAGCGGGCACUUUGCUGUUUUCCAGGAUUCUCUAAUCCAGGCACUGCGUCGCGAAAAGGAAAAAUACCCAAGCCAUUAUUGGCGGGUGUAGAUAGCACAGGUACCUCGAGCACCGCCUCGAGCAAGAGUCGCCUAUUAGACGACUCCGGUGGUGAGGUCUCGCCAGGUAUCAUGGAAUUUGCGAGUGCAGCCUCGAGGCUGAAAGGCACUGUAUCGAGAUUAUCAGACGGUAAGCCUGAAGACAUGAUGCUACUGGAGAAGCAGGGCAGAAGUUCGCAGAGGCAGAGAAUGCAAGAGGGCGAGCCACGUCGCGCGGGCAGCCUUCCUCCCAGCUCGUUACCUCGACCACCGAAGAAUAUGAAGUCAACGGGCUCACGUUACUGCAGACUUAGCGACACGGAGACUCGUAAAAAAUCAGAUCCAGGCCCGGCUCUGGACACAUCAGCGAGUAUGAAGGUACGCGACACGAAUAACUGCACCAUCGAGUAUGGAAGAUUCGACACGAAGGCUCAGCGUCGAAAGAAAUCGUCCGGCACGGAGCCAUUGGUCGUAAAUAACUCGUUGAAAAAGCCAUCCUCCGCAACGAGCCACGAGUACGAGCGUCUUCAAGGUGAAAAUAUUCGCAAGAAACAGCCUAGCAAUUCGGAGACGAAGCACAGGGAAACGCAGAGCCGUUCAUUGAUACCGCCACCGUCUCGUCGUAUCGGGGAGUACGGCCGUCUCAGUGAUGGCACAUUGAGAAAGCAGACUGGCUCACGUGGACAAAGCACCGGAAGCACGGUGAGCAGCAAGAGUGGAGGACGCGAUUCUGGAGGCACGGCUAGCAGCGAGGCAUCCACAUCAUCGUUGCCACCUUCCAAGGCGAGAUCCAUACCUCGCCCGAAUAAUUACCGUAUUCAGUUUUAAUAUAUAACGUUUGGAAUCGAAUUAGUCUUUCCCAUCUAAAGAGACUCCUUCGAGGACAUUAAAGAUGCCUCUCUCCAAGGAGGGUGUAACUUGAGGAACUUGAAGGAUCAUUUUCCAUACUUUAUCUUCCAGUUAUGAGAAUUUUUUUUUUCUUUUACCAAAUAUUGGUAUACAUGUUUAUUUUAUUGUCUUAAAAUUUUCUAUUAUGUUUUUGACGAACGAUGGAAAAUUUUUUUCUAGUGGAUAUUUAAGAAGCACAACAGGAUCGAAUUUGUUAAAUGAUCGAAUGGAAACGAGCGAUGAAUAAAAAAUGGGAGGCAGAUUGAGAAGGGGAAGCGAAAAUCAAAAGCGUGAUCGAUUUCGAGAGCGUCUCUGCUUCGCUCUUCAGCAGUUUGGAUCCUGUCUAGAGUCCUAAUGUACGUAUGUGCGCGAGCGAUACGUUUAUACAGCCAUAAUAUUAAACGAUCCGUUAGUUCCCUUCUAUUUACCAUUAAUAACGGAGAAGCCGAUCGCCAUGACGUAGCGAGGAACAACGAUAUAUCGUUGCGUAGCGAUAGUGCAUGACCUAGUCAUUACCAAAGUAAACUUCUGUAAUGAAAAUGGAAUUGAUUUCCUCUCGUUUCGUACGCAUUUACAUCUAGAAACAUUGCGGCCUUUAUCAAAACAUAUAUACGUAUAAUAUGCGAAAAAGAAGUGCCUUGUUAAAGACUGCGUGAAAAAAAGAAAUGAACAAUCGGUACAAUUAGGUAUAGGAAUACUUGUAUCCGGGAAUUUUCAGAAUUCCGAAAACAAAACACUUGUAUUUUGGAUAAAAUUGAUCGCAUGGCCUUUGAAUGGACAUGUUAUAUUUCGUACGUGUAUUCUAUCUUUCCGUAAAAAAGUAUCGCAUUUCUACACAUGUUUUAUGAAAAUAUUUUUCCUCUUAUUGGUUUUAUGUAUCUUUAAGAUUGUUUCCUGUUGGAAACGCUAUAAAGAUACCGAGGUAUCCAAUCGGUUUUGCUUUUCGAUAGAAAAGUGAAACUAUGGUAAGGCGAAUCACAAAAGUUCGAUUGCUCCUAUA